AUGGCCUACAAAAUCCUAAAGCUCACAAUAAUUCUCUCUAUACUCAUCUCUCUAUCCUUGUCUGUUUCAUCAAACGAUGAUGAUAAAAAUCACCACGACAUAGACGAAGAUGAAGAGGCACAAGAGUUCUACAUUGUGGACACUCCAUUACAACAUGAUGGAUCAUCAAGAAGUAGAUUCUUGGCAAGCAUAAUAAAGAAAGGAAAACAAUGUAAUCUCGAGAGUAAUAACAUAUGCAAUGGAGUUAGAGCAAACAAGGGAAAGGAUUUGCUCUUUUGUUGCAAGAAACAUUGUCGCAAUGUUUUAAGUGACAAGAACAAUUGUAAUGAGUGUGGUCACAAGUGCAAGCAAGGUGAAAGAUGUUGCAAUGGAGUGUGUACCAAUGUUUUGUCAAAUGUUCAUCAUUGUGGAAAGUGUAAGAAGGAGUGUUCAUCUGGUGAUCCUUGUGAGAAUGGGUUUUGUGGCUAUGCAUAA